AAUGUGAGACCGAGGAGAGAGAAAGUAGAGAGAGAGAGGGCCUUAUCCACUGAAGCUUCCCCUUCCUCCUCCCCCCCCGAACCCUUUAUAAAAGCAGCCUCACAGUCCUUUCAUUUCCUCAGACGAUCACCGUCUUAUCUCUCUCUCUUCUUUCUCUCUCUAGCUCUGCGACACGGUCGUCUCUCGAAUCAGUGGCACAGACUCGGCGGCUGCAGACCGACCCAAUGGCCACCAGCAGGACCUACCCGGCCCGCCCCGGUUACCGCUUCCUCCCCGCCGACCAGAUCGCCCCGGCGGCCCCAAACGACCCUGCCUUCGAGCUCGACGAGUCCGACAUCUACGACUCGCCGGCGGUGAUCCGCCGCGCCGCUGCUGCUGCUGCUGCUGUUGCUUCCGCCCCAGGGUCCCGGAUCUCGAAGAAGGCUGCGGGGGCCAGGCGGGCGGACUCCGAGGGCCGGCCAAGUGGACCGUCGUCGCUCCCGGUCGACGUCCCGGACUGGUCGAAGAUCCUGCGGGAGGAGUACAGGGAGAGCAAGAGGAGAGACAUCCUGGAUGACGACUCCGAAGGCGGGGACAACGAUGCGAACGGCGGCGAGGGGAUGCGGGUGCCGCCGCACGAGCUGGUGGCGAGGACGAGGAUGGCGUCGUUCUCGGUGCACGAAGGGAGGGGGAGGACUUUGAAAGGGAGGGAUCUUAGUAGGGUCAGAAAUGCAAUAUGGGAGAAAACAGGGUUCGAAGAUUAAUUUCAGGAAAUUAUUGAUUCCCUCAGAGGAAAAGUUUUGAUGAAUUUUCGUAGGCAAAAAAGAAAGAGGAAAAAAGGAAAAGGGAUUAAUUAAUUCGGAAACGCGGCGGGAAUAUUUAUUGGUAUAUUUUGAUAAUAUAUUAAAUAUUAGAAGAUUUUUGCUUUUUCUUUUUUCCUUCUUCGUAGGGACAGCCUUGAUGUUGACUUUUGGGCUAUUUUAUAUAUUUCGGGACCCGAAGAUUGAAUUAUUUGCGGGAGAUUUUUACAUGUCGUUUUCUUAUUUAUUGUUCUUGGUUCUCCUCAA